AUGGGAGGCGACACGGUUGCAUACUGCAAACAUCCACUGGACACUAAAUUUCUUGCCUACCAUAUCAUUGCUUCCCUCAGGGAGUCUCAGACGCUGUGGGAUGAUAUUAUGCCGCAGCCUCGGCCAGUGUCGAUAUCCUGUUGGUACAUGCACGCUGCCAUAUCGCUCUGCAGAUUUACCUCAGACCAUGAAAAAUUGACGCUAAUGUCGGCUACGGAUUUCUUGCAACAAAAUGGCAUCAUCAUCGCUGAGGAGGGGCGUACGCUUCACCUAGCCCAGUACUUUGUGUUUUGGAUGAUCGGUACAAUGAGCUCCCUAUACAAUGUAGCAACACCUGACAAAAGUCAGAGUUGCUGGUGGGAGAAAUUCACGAUUGUUACAAAAUGUCGCAUCACCAGCCACUUAUUUUGGUGCUUCCUGACAUCUGAUGUUAACCGCCCAAGGGCUCAGGGAAUUGAGUGGUCGGUCUCACGGUUUCUUGCAGGUUUUGGCGAGAUACUUCCCACAAUAGACCGCGAUGGUCGGACAAAAGUGGAUGAGUUCUUCCGAUUGGAUCCUGGUCGACUAAAUAUGCAGUUACUGGAAAGUAGUCUUGGGUUCAAGGUAGUGUGGACUGACAUUUUGGGGUCACACUUGGAUGUUGAUAUCAACACAUCUACCCUGUUCCUUUUCAGGCAAGCUACAUUGUGCAUCCGAGAGGCGGCGGAUAAUGUUGAUGAAACGACAGUACUGCGGAGUUGCCUUGAUGAUGAGAUUAUGGACCGGGAUGAAUUGAGAACGUUGAUGAGAGAAAUUUUGCUUUCGCUUUAUAUUCUCUUCGGACAAACUGCAGGCUCGCGAGGACAUUUCAGAGAAGAUGAGGCAUUUAAGGAUAUAUCGCGAAAGUGGCGAGAUGGCAUGCUGAAGAAGGUGUGUUGCGAGCCUUGGUUGUUUGAGGAUUUCGACCAACAACCCAAGCGAAUUUACAAUCUCCAAGCCGAUUUCCCGAUCCUGGGUGCAAAGCUACGAUUCCUGGCACAAGAGGUUCAGUCACAAGAACCAAAGAGCCUUCGACAACUAUGGAAAGAUAAGCGCAACACCCUGCAGUGGUGGACCUUUUGGGCGGUGAUUAUCUUUGGAGGGGUUGCAACUCUUCUGUCAUUGAUCCAAACGAUUCUGGCUGGGUUGCAAUUGAGAGACAACGGAUCAAAGGACACGGGGACAAGUAGGCAGCCAAGCAACACAUUGAAUGGCCGUAACCUACAGCAGCCUUUGUGCACUGAUAUUGUCACCAGGAUGGGCAAAGAUGAGGUCAUGAAUACUGAGUCAGAGGCGCCUAUGAGCCGUGCGGGCUCAGCUACCAAGGAGCAACCAUGGCGAAAAUUGUCUUCUUGUCUAGAGGAGACCCUUGCCAAACAUGGUUCAUUCCAGUUGGAGAAACCAGACGGAAAGAUCCCAAGCUGGUGGAACGACCUGGAACGAGGGCGCCUUCCUGCGAACCACAAGGAACUAUUGUCUGAAUUGGUUCAAGAGAAAUUUGACGGCAAGCCAUGGUACAAAAGGGAGGAAGGCAGUCGUUGUGAUAGUUGUGGACGCGACCCCUGCAUCUGCAUGGUUUUUGAAGUCUCAAUCGUCUACACUACAGUGCCUCGUCUCUUAACCUAUCUUGCCACUUUUUCACAACCACAGCCGAUGAUGGAAACUAAGCAGAGUCUCGCUUCUUUCAUGAACCCGACAUCCACAAAUCAUGACGCAAGCAAUGUGAAUAAGGAGGCUGAAGCCAGUUGGCAGAGCCGGCCAAAAACGACUGGGACUGUGAGAUUUCUAUCACCACAUCCAAAAUAUGAAAAUGAGAAGCCUUUCAUCUUGAGUCUUCCUUUGCCUAAGGACCAGCCGAAAUCAAACGCCAUUUACGAAACGCAUGACAUCAAGAUUGCUGACGCAAGAGGUGAUGAGCGCUCAUUCUCACUCGACCAACAAGGCUUCGAGUUUGUCGAGAUUCCGUCGCGCCCAACUGCGGUGUCGAGCAAGGAGGCAAUCGAAGGUGACUACUUACCUCAGAUGGAGCGGUUUCUGAAGGAACAUCUGAAAGCAAACCGAGUGAUUGCGUUUGAUCAUGUGGCUAAUGCGCCAGCGCAGCUCCGCCAAGUCAAACCACUUGGUGUGCCACACCUCAGGGAGGAUAAGAGGCCGCCAGCCAGAAAUGCACAUACUGAUCAAACCCCGGAGGCUGCAAUGAGUCGCCUGCAACUGUACUUUCAGAACGAGGCCAGCGGCCUCGUCCAAGACCGAGUCCGCUUUCUCAAUAUUUGGCGCCCUUUGGUUGAACCUCUAGAGGACGCUCCACUUGGUGUUCUUGAUGCCCGAACACUAUCUACCCAAGACUUGAUCGCUCAGGAUAUGGUUUAUUCCCACUACUUGGGUGAGAAUUACCAGGUCAGAUUCAAUCCAAGCCAACGAUGGUACUACUGGAGUCGAAUGAUGAGGAGCGAGUGCAUCCUGAUCAAGAACUUUGACUCUCGAAUGGAUGGCGUUGCACGAAGUACAUCACUUUCUUAA